CGCGGAAGGAGCGGGCGGUUUCCGCGGAGAGCCCCGCUGGCCCCCGGAGUGGCCGUUAACGGCCGCCGCCGCCGCCCCCCGCGCCAUGUUGCGCGGUCUGGGCAGCUGGCUGGGGCUGGAGCUGGAGCAGGCAGGCGAGGAGAAGCUGCUGUCGGCCGAGGAGAGGAGCAGCUCUGUGGAGGAGGAGGAGGAGGAGGAAGCGGCAAGCGCGGAGCCGGCCGCGCCGAGCGCGGAGCAGGUGGACUCGGAGGCGCUUCUCAGCCAGGCCAAAGGACUCGGCAGUUACCUCUUCAAUUUUGCCACUGCUGCUACGAAAAAGAUAUCCGAAUCCGUUGCCGAAACAGCACAUACAAUAAAGAAGUCUGUAGAAGAAGGAAAAAUUGACAGUAUCAUUGACAAGACAAUUAUUGGAGAUUUUCAGAAGGAACAGAAAAAAUUUGUCCAAGAGCAGCAAACAAAAAAAUCAGAAGCAGCAGUGCCUCCCUGGGUAGACAGCAACGAUGAAGAGACAAUUCAACGACAAAUACUGGCCUUAUCAGCAGAUAAACGAAAUUUUCUGCGGGAUCCUCCAGCAGGUGUGCAGUUUAAUUUUGACUUCGAUCAGAUGUACCCUGUUGCAAUGGUGAUGUUACAAGAAGAUCACCUUCUCAAUAGGAUGAGGUUUGAUCUCGUUCCCAAACACGUAAAGGAGGAGGUGUUCUGGAGAAAUUACUUCUACAGGGUGUCCCUAAUUAAACAGUCUGCACAACUCACCGCACUUGCAGCUCAACAACAAGCAGCAGGAAAAGAAGAGAGCAAAGGCAGAGAAGAAGACAGUCAACUGAAAGAAACAGUACGACCCAAAACACCACCUGUUACAAUAAAGCCUCAAAUAAAAUCUCAAGAGGACGAAGAAGAGAUUUCCACAAGUCCAGGUGUAUCAGAAUUUGUGAGUGAUGCUUUUGAUGCCUGUAAUCUGAAUCAGGAAGACCUAAGAAAAGAAAUGGAACAACUGGUGCUAGACAAAAAGGGAGAAGAGACUUUAGUAGUAGAAGAAGAAACUGCUGAUUGGGAAAAGGAAUUACAACAAGAGCUUCAAGAGUAUGAGGUGGUGACAGAAUCAGAAAAGCGAGAUGAAAACUGGGAUAAAGAAAUAGAAGAAAUGCUGCAAGAAGAAAAUUAAGCAUUCUCAGAAAAUCACUAUAACCUAAGCUUUUUCUUAGGACUGCCAUGGAUUUCUGCUUUCGUAUUUUGCUUACAAAAGAUCUUCAAAAGACAAAUGAAUCUCAAAUCAUUAUAAUUCCCUAUGGGGAUACAACCAAUAUUUCUGUUCUUUAUAUGAGCAGUUUCUGAACUUCUGCAUUCUUCAAAAGAAAAGAAAAGAAAAAAAAGGAUGAGACAGACACUGCAGGUUAUACGUCAUGAUUAAAAGCAGUAACAUUAUUACAUGAAGCAACAGUUCAGUCUGAGGCAUUUGUAGGUUGUCAAGAAGAUCUGCAAAGAGAUACCUAAAUCUAAGAAUCUCUGUCUACAGCUUGGGAUGUAAAAAUGGAUGUUGUAAGUACCUUUGUCCUUGAAUAUAACUUUCUCAUCACAUUUGCACUCUGAUCCCUGUAUAAUCUGUAAAUGUGUACUAUUUUAAGGUACUUGUAGCUAGUAGCUUUCAUGUGUAUUUAACUUCCUUAGUGUAUGUAGCCAAAGAAUUUACAGAAAACCCUAUCAAAUAACUUCUGAUAAUUUCUUUUAAAAAAUACUAAUUCAGACUCCAAAAGAAGUACUGGUUAAUUAUUGAUCAGAUUUUAUUAACUGGCAAACAUUUAAGCAUUUGAAAAGGAACAGAGUUAUUUACUGCUUGAAUUAAACCACUGUUUCUGUCAAAUAAUCAUUUUAAGAUACUGCCUUUCCCCAUAGAGAGAAAUGGUUUAAUGCAUUCUUUCUUCAGAAGACUCUUACAUUUUGAUUUAAUUUUGCUGUGUGAGUGAGAGCAAAUGAAACAUUACUCUUGAUUUUAAGUGCUGAAACAUUUAUGUAAAAACUUUGGCUGGUUUGGACAUCUUUAUUAAAUACUGUAGAUAUGUAUGAAAUUGGCUCAUUUAUUUGCAGAGAGGCAGAGUGAGAGGCAAAAAUAUUUCAGAUGUACACAGAUUUCAAAAAUAUACAUUGUCACAGUGCUUAAGACACGGAACUUAAAAUCUUUUAAAGAAAACUAUUUUUUGGUUUUGACUCUUCUUUAGCAUCUGGAUGUUUCCAGUAGUUUUACCAUUCUUAGUACCAUUAUGUAUAUAAAUGAAGAUCUGAUGUUCUUUUUGUCAUCUGUUUUAUAAAUUUCUGUGACAAAAUAUUCUUGAAAUUCCAAUUAUGUAGGAAAAGGGGUGAACUGAAGUACAUAGGAGCCGUUAAGCACAAUUGAAUUAUAGGCAUGUUACAUAGAGUGAGCUCUGUCUUAAUUAUAUAAUUCUGCAGAAAACUUCUGUAAAGAGACUGAAAGGAUUAUAGCUGUAAUUAUUCAGUCAAUAUUCAUCCCGUGGGAGCUGAAAAGAGCUAAGUAGUUUUAACUGCUGUUAACUGUAAGAAAGGACUAUUUUAAAUUGUCUUAAUUAGCAACUUAGACAGAAAACCCUCUUGUAUUUCUCAUCAUGGAAAAUGAAUUGUUUUAAUCCAUACUUCUCAAAUUAGUUUCUUUACUACCAUACACUUUCUCAGCUACAAAUCAUCUUACACUUUAUUUGUAUUUUAUGCAUUUCACUUUUAGUUAAUGAAUGCAAGAUAAGUUGAGGCAAAGGCCACAAAAGUUAAAUCUGUUACUCUCAUAAAGAUCAGACUAUUCAAAGCUUAAUGUUUACUUUUGACAAACACAACUGCUCACAGAUUGAAGCUGGAGAUAUUAGGAUCUGUCUACUGUAGUUUGACACAUCACCUUCUAACUACCCAUCACUACAUGGGUAGUUCUAUUCUGAUUCAUAUUACUCAGAGCUCAAAACUGCUGUUCCAAAUGUCCACUUCCUUAAAAACUAGCUUGAUCAUUCCUAGUGUUUUCAGGUAUGUGACAGCAGUAUUUGUAUGGCAUUUGUACAUCAAGCCUCAUCUAUCUUUUCAUGUAAGCAUAGCCUAUAUAAUGGUUAUAGACACAAAACUCCAUCUUUCAUAAAAGAUGGCUCCCUAUGUAUAAAACUUUAGAUUUCCAUGUCCUAAGAAAAGAAAUUAUGUCUAAAAAAAACCCAAAAAAACCACCACUAUUUACAUUUGCAUUUUAAAAGGCAGUAACAUAGCAAGGCUUUACCUGACUGAUCUCUGAUACUUAAAGUCUCGUAUCAAGAAUCUUAAGUCUCUAGUUUUAACCUGGAAAGCUGAGAUAAGUUUUGUGUAAUCCUGCACAGUUUUCAGGGCUGACCCAUGCCUUUCAUUAAGUUUAGUGCUUCAAGCUCCUAGCAGGCUUUGUUGUGCAUGGUAAGAGAGAAGAUGUCUGUGUUGCACUGGUCACAUGAGCUUAAAGCAGAUGACCUCUUCACAUUCAUGGUGAAUGUUGUAGGCCUCAGUAUCCCAGAUGUGUCGUAAUAAUGUAUUUCAUAAGCAAGUAUGCUGGCAUUUUCUUAUCAUUCCAAGCACUGAGUGCAGAUGCUAAAAUCCAGCAAAACAACAGUAUGAAAUCAAGGACCAAACCAAAAGAAACCAAGAAUGGUGUAUGUAAUAUCAAUCUGUGGAGACAAUGUAAUAGUAAUGCAGUUGUUUGAAUACCAAUGAAAAGCAAACAAACCAAAAAUUGUUAGUAAGUUUUCCUAGAAGAAACUAAACUUGCAGCUUUUGGAAUUAACCACCGAGAAACAGGGAAAAGAUAUACCAGGUUUCAUUUAGUUUGGCUUAGAACAGUGACACAGCUGUACCCUGUAGACAUGCACAAAUCUAUGGGACCAGAUGGGAUGCACCCAUGAGUGCUGAAAGAGCUGGCGGGGAUGCUCACCAAGCCACUUUCCAUCAUUUAUCAGCAGUCCUGGCUGACUAGAGAGGUACCAGCAGACUGGAAAUCAGCAAAUGUAACCCCCAUAUACAAGAAGGGAUGGAAUGAUGAUCCAGGAAAUUACAGGCCUGUUAGUCUGACUUCAGUACCAGGAAGCUGAUGGAGCAGAUCAUCCUAAGUACCAUUAUGGGUACAUGCAGAACAGGCAGGUGAUCAGGCCCAGUCAGCAGGAGUUCAUGAAGGGCAGGUCCUGUUUGACUACCUCAUCUCUUUCUAUGAUAGGGUGACCUGUUUAUUGGACAAGGGAAGGCAUGUGGAUGGUGUCUACCUUGACUUUAGCAAGGCCUUUGAGACAGUUUCCCACAGCAUUCUCCUAGAGAAGCUGGCUGCUCAUAGUUUGGACGUGCACACAUUUUGCUGGAUAAAAAAUUGGUUGAACAGCUGCAUCCAAAGAGUCGCUCUGAAUGGAGUUAAAUCCAGUUGGGCCCAGUCACGAGAGGUGUUCCCCAGAGCUCUGUGCUGAGGCUGCUCCUGCUUAAUAUCUUUAUUGAUUACUUGGAUGAAGGGAUAGAGUGCAUGCUCAGUAAGUUUUCAGAUGACACUAAGUUGGGUAGAAGUGUCAAGCUGCUUGAGGGCAGGGAGGCUCUGCAGAGAGAUCUGGACAGGCUUGAUCAAUGGGCCAAGGCCAAUGGCAUGAGUUUCAAUCAGGCCAAAUUUCAGGUCCUGCACUUGGACCACAACAGCCCCCAGCAGGGCUACAGGCUUGGGGAGGAGUGGCUGGAGAGCUGCCCAGCAGAGAGGGACCUGGGAGUACUGGUUGACAGCCAGCUGAACAUGAACAUGAGCCAGCAGUGUGCCCAGGUGGCCAAGAAGACCAAUGGCAUCCUGGCUUGUAUCAGAAAUGGUGUGACCAGCAGGACCAGGGAGGUGAUCCUGCCCCUCUACUCUGCCUUGGUGAGGCUGCACCUUGACCACUGUGUGCAGUUUGGGAUGCCACAGUAUAGGGAGGACACUUGAGGUGCUGGAGAGGGUGCAGAGAAGGGCAACUAGGCUGAUUAGGGGUCUGGAAAACAGGUCUUAUGAGGAGAGGCUGAGUGAGCUGGGGCUGUUCAGCCUGGAGAAGAGGAAGCUGAGGGGAGACCUCAUUGGUCUCUACAACUACCUGAGAGGAGGCUGUAGUGAGGUGAGUGUUGGCCUUUUCUCCUUAGUGCCUAGCAAUAGGACAAGAGGAAAUGGGGUCAAGUGGCACCAGGGGAGGUUCAGAUUGGAUAUUAGGAAAAGUUUCUUCACAGAAGGAGUGGUGAGACAUUGGAACAGGCUGUCCAGGGAGAUGGUGGAGGCAUCGUCACUGGAGGUGUUAAAAAAACAGGUGGAGGUGUUUUAGUGGUUAGGGGUUGCAGAGAAGAUGGUUGGGCUUCAUUGAAAGUCUUUUCCAAACUUGAUGAUUCUAUGAUUCUUCUGAGAUACCAACAUCUCCAGUUAUUCUGUGCACCAAAGCAUCCUGUUUACUAGUCCGGCUGCUAUUAGUUAAUAUGUGUAUGGAAUUUUUUGACUCAGUAGUUUGUUUAGAGGAGGAAGAACAGGAAAGAUUAUAAAAAGCUGGAAUAAAAAAAGUGUAGUAAAAUGCUCCUCCACAUUUUUAUUGAAUCAUUUACAGCUGUUCUCUAAAAAACGGUUAACCAAAGCUCUCAACUUCCUGAAUUGUUUCAGGAAACUUUAAAUUUCUUUAGUUUGUCAAUUGAAUUUGGUCAUAAAACCUUUUUUUUUUUUUUUCCCCUUCUCCUUGCUGUUUGGUUGUCUUGGUGUUUAUUUGGUGGGGUUAUGUAUGUAGUACUGAAGGGCAGCAUGUCAAUUUUCGUGCAUUUACAGAAUAACCCUAUGCACAGGAGCAUAUCACCUGGCCCUGAGAUGCAUCCUUGAACUGUUGGCCACUCACAUACUAUUGACUUUUACGUUGCAAUAGGUAUUACAUAGAAGGGAACAAAGUGUGUCUGGUUACUUCUCAGUACACUGCCAAGCAGUAGCAGCCACCUUGGGCCCUUAGCCCAUGUGCUGUAUCUAGACUUUAGCUGGACAACUACAGUGUCAAAAUCCACACUGAUAAUGGUCUGGGCUGCAAUUCAGUAGAAGUUUAGAAGAAAAAUGUAUUGUAUGGCCUGAGACUGUCUCAGUAAGUUCUGAUUGGUGUAUCUGUAACAACUGCAUAGUAGCUUAGCCUUAAAUAAUGUUAUCCAUUAGUAGAUUUUUGUUCCAAACUACUAAUUUUCAAUGUUUUUUCCUUUGUUUUAAACAUUAGGGUGGGGUUCCUUUUUUUAAUUUUAUUAAUUAAAUGGCAAGUAACAGUGAAUUAAUUUAUUUCCAUAUUUUCUUUGUAUUAUAUUCAAGUUAAUUAUUUCAGAAAAAAUUCCUACAAAAACAUCAAAAGACAUGUAAGGCUUCAUUUUCUUCUCUGUAUAGCCCAAUAUUGGCUCUAUAUAUACACACGUAUGCAUAUAUCUAAAUGCUAAGCCACAUGUAUUAGGGUGUCUAAAUAUAUUCAAGAAAUCAUCUUGUACUUUUCCUUUCCAGCAUUACUUUUAACUAGAUACCAUUGUGAGAGGAGGAGCAACCAAAAUAAUUAUCAUUACUUUGUCACUCUAUCAUUUUUAAUGAGACAGUGCUUUGCAGAAAUUACCUUGAAGAGUGGUGAAUCACUUGCUUCAUUUCAUAAAAGCCUGGUCUUCAUUAUGGCACAGAUGGGGAACGUUUUUCCUUUGCUAAUUCAGGGAUUCAUGAAGCUAUGACAAACCUCUCCAGAUACACUUGGGAGGUACACUUAAUCAAAAACUAUCUGGGCAGAAAGUUUACUUUUUCUCAGUAUAAAAGAUCCUGACAAAGCAAGAAAAGACAAAAGGAAAAUGCAAUUAGUUCAGGGUUAUAUAUGAAAUUAAAAGAAUAAAGACUUGGUGUCUCCUUUAAUAUAUGAUGCUCUAAGGAAAACUAUGUUUAAUAUGGUUUGUUUGGUUUUUUUACUGUAUGCAUGCACAAAAUCUUGAUUCUGCAAUUGCUUUUAUUUAUUUGCUCUCUUAAGCUGUGGUUUCACAACUCAAAUGUGAAAGUUUCAGAGCCAGAUAAAUCUGUUUCUCUGCAUUUAGCACACAGUCAAAUAAUGGCCAGCAAAUAGAUUGCUUACACUCA